GAUUAACAGACACAGACAUCUGACAAUGGCAAGGUAAUAAUAAUACAGAGCAAAAUGGAACGUAAUGGUUUUUACGCUCUAUACUCUAUAGGAAUACUAUUAGACCUAUGUAGAUAUCUUGGUUACACUGCGCAUAGUUCUUCCAGACCUGCGUAGCUAGCAGUGUUAAUGUAUCAAUGUGACACAACCUAGAUACAAGUACUAGAUAUGAGCAACUCCUCUUAGGGAUCAUAUGUCAAGGCACCUAUUUAUUUAUAAACAACACCCCAGAUAGAUCAAAUCAACCUCCGACGAUGCGAUUGCAGAUCAGGCUCUGUCAUCCAGCCAUUUUGUUCGCCCUGUCAUUUUUACUUCGCCCACGGCAAGGCUUCAACAACCCCCUCAAGCAUCCCGCCCCCAAAAGUCGGUUUAUGACUGCUGCAUUUUGUCGUAGAAUCCCGUCGACCGAGAAAGAAGGCUGCCACUUCAUCAUUUGCUGCCCAGCGUGGUCGUGUCUUGCCUGAACUGCCCGUAGUUUGGGCUUUCAUUUCAGUAUUAUAAGUAUUAUAUCUAGAUCUAUCUGCCGAUGAUUCCCCCUUUGAAUUCAUUCAGGCCAUAGAUGUUAUAUAUACAGACAGUCUGUAACUUACUUUUAACUAUUUAAUUAUUUUAGUUGGCUUCUUUGAGUAUAUUCUGUCUGGACGCAGCCUUUGUCCAGCCUAAACCGCUUCCUGUCCUCCUGUCUGUCCCCCCCCAAACCCGGAGACCAACGCCAACUGCCAGCGAUCUUCUUCCCCAAGCCUUUUCUUUCUACUUCUUCUUCUUCUUCUUCUGCUUCUUCUUCUUCUUCUUUCUUUCGACAUCGUACUGUACAACCCUCAACCAUUCCCAACGGUUUCUUCACCACCAGACCAGCUUACCUUCUUCGCGUUCAAGCAUUGCAGCAAAUCCACCUUCUACUUCUUCUUCCUCGUGUCUAUAGCCUCAUCCUCUUGUCUCCUUCCGCUCCCUGUCACCAUCACAUCACCAGCCCCAACCAAGGUGACUCACUCAAAUCACUGGCCCUCAGAGAGAGAGAGUUUCCAGUCAUUAUUUUGUUGAAACCCUCGUCUGAAUACUCCCGCCAGUUGCUUCCCCUGGUCUCCGUUUCGUAUUGACCGCCAGCGUUGCCGCUCUGUCCGUUGGCUACUGAAAACGAAUAAAGCCUGGUAUAGUAAACCAAUCAGUCUCCCGCCUUGGCCCUUCGUCGACUUGGUGUACUAUUUAGCAAAAGCUAGCGUGUCUGCCUUGGAACGGGGUGCUCGGCCCUUCCGCAUUUUCCCUUUUUUGAUAAGCCCCAACGGUAAAACUACAAAGCCAUCGUCGUCACCCCCCCACAACGACAACCUGCUCGAAAAGCACGGGAAUAAACAGAUCUCACGUACCGACUGAAAGAAAAGACAUAAAUACUUCUCUAAAUAAACCGAUUACCCCCCCCUCUUAUUUCACUAUGACCUCGAACCGUACCCGCCGUAUCGCCAAGGAGCUCGCAGAUAUCCAUGCAGACCAACACUCGCAUAUCUUUGCUGAUCCGGUUGGGGGCGGGGAUGACUUGACACAUUUGAGAGGCUCCUUUCGAGGCCCUCCCGGAUCUCCUUACGAGGACGGAACUUACUACAUUGAUAUCAAGAUACCCUCCGAAUACCCUUUCCGCCCGCCUGUGAUGAGGUUUAUAACCAAGGUCUGGCAUCCGAAUGUCAGCAGUCAAACUGGUGCCAUCUGUCUCGACACCCUCUCUACCGCCUGGUCUCCUGUCCUCACCAUCAAAUCCGCCCUGCUCUCCCUCCAGUCUCUCCUUAGCACACCCGAGCCCAAAGACCCCCAAGAUGCAGAGGUGGCCAACAUGCUCAUGCGGAACCCCAAGGAGUUUGAGCGGGUUGCGCGCCAGUGGGCCGUGCAGUACGCCGGCGCGCCCAAACAGCACCUGGGUGAAAGCAGCGGGGGCGCCACGGAUGAUUCUAUCCGUAUGCAGCAACAGAAGUCGAAAGAAGAGCAGGAAAAGGAGCAAUUGGCUGCUUACGACGGCUACAAUAAAGACCUUGUCGAUCGAUUCUGCCAUAUGGGAUUCGAUGUGUCCCGGGUGGUGUCCGCAUUCAAGUAUGUUGGCAUUGACCGGAUGGGCGGCGAGGAUUACGAAUUGGAGGAAGCAUAUAUGGGUGACGUUACGGCUCGUCUUCUUGGGGAGCCAUAAUGGUUUUUUGUUAUUAUUAUUUCCCCAUUUUUUUCCCCCGGUUCUUGCAUGAUCCAUUUGACGAAUCUAUAUAUGGAGAAAGUCGUAUGGGGGAGCUGCAUCGCACACAGCGCCGAAUUCCUAUGUUUAUUUUGCCUUUUCGUUCUCCCCUUCCUUGACCUCUAGUCUCGAGAGAGCUCUCCGUUCUACGCAUGUUUUAACCCUCUAUUAUUGGCUGAGCCUCUAUGUUUUCAUUUAUAAUUCCUCUCUGCUAUUGUUACCAUUAUGUUCAUCCCUCUCUGCCAAAUCACAUCCGAAAUAUGACGCGAACUUGGAACAGAUUGAUGGAGGAGGGGGGAAAGGGAAGCAAGCGUACGGUGCCUGGCGAAUGAUAUGUGUUCUUUUCUACUUUUGCCUUUUGUUUUUAUUUUUAUUUAUUUUGUUUGUCUGGAGCAAGGAAACCGAAAGAAUUGAGCUUCUCCCAUUACACGCAAAAUCUCUAUUAUUACUCUUAUUUUUGACGUCGUUUUUACUGAUUUGGUUUUGAGUGAUUGGAUGAGUUGAUAUACUGAUUGGUUUGAGAAUUUUUUUAAUUUUUAUUUUUGUCUAUGGCUAUCUAUAUAAUUAUAUCUUCAAUAAUACU